AUGUCACUUACCACUAGAAGAGUCUCAUUCAAGCAAGAGAAGAUGCUGAGAAGACUACCAACAGCACUCACAAUCAGAAGCAAUGUACGCAAUGUUACAACCACAUCCCAGAAGAAACAAGGUCAAUCCCAUGAUCUGUCAAAUCCAAAAGUCUUGGCAUUACAUAAAUUGUAUCGGAUUGAGCGAGUGACACCCGCUGCCAAAGGCUAUGCAAUCUUGAAAAAUCCACGAUUUAUGAAGGACAUGGCUUUCAACUUGCGCGAACGUCACUAUCUUGGCAUACUUGGCCUUCUUCCUCCUGCUGUCAUGACCAUCGAACAACAGGAAUAUAGGGAAAUGAAAAGAAUUCGUGAGGCAAAAGACCCGCUUUUGAAGUACAUCUUUCUUGACGACCUGCAAAACCGAAAUGAAAAGCUGUUUUUUCAACUUUUGCAUGACUAUGUAAAGGAGCUCAUGCCACUCGUUUACACACCAGUCGUAGGCACAGCUUGCCAGAAUUUCGGACAUAUCUAUCGACAUCCGAAGGGCGUUUAUAUCACAAUUAAUGACAACAGUAUCACCAAAAUUUAUCGAAUACUCAGCAAUUGGCCAUUCCGAGAUAUAAGAGCUAUCGUUGUCACGGAUGGAGAACGAAUCUUGGGCCUUGGCGAUCUUGGUGCCUAUGGUAUGGGUAUCCCCAUAGGAAAACUUUCUCUCUAUGUCGCAUUAGGAGGAAUUAGACCUAGAUGGUGUUUACCUGUGACUUUAGACGUCGGCACCAACAACGAAAAACUUCUGAAGGAUCCGUUGUACACUGGGCUACGAAAGAAACGCGUACGAGGGGAAGAAUACGAUCGUCUUGUUGACAAUUUUUUGAAAGCUGUAGGGAAAAGAUACGGACGGCAUACACUUGUACAGUUUGAGGAUUUCGCAUUCCAAAAUGCCUUCAGAUUGCUGGAUAAAUACAGAAACGACUACUGUACAUUCAAUGAUGAUAUACAAGGCACAGCGGCAAUAAUUCUUUCUGGGUUGAUAACAAGUACUCGAGUAACAAAAAAGAAGCUUUGCGAGCAAAAAUUCCUUUUCCAUGGAGCUGGGGCUGCAGGACUAGGAAUAGCAGAGGCGAUAGUGGCCCAAAUGAAGGUGGAAGGUGCUACGGAGGAACAAGCGUGUAGUAUGAUUUACAUGAACGACAAGGAAGGUCUGGUAACAAAGAAACAUGCUGAGUCAAUGACACCUCGACAUAUGAAGUUUGCAAAGGAUAUGCCAGAUAUGAAUAACCUUUACGAACUUGUCAAAAAAUUCAAGCCUAAUGCAAUAAUUGGUGUGUCAACACAAGGUGGAGCUUUUACCCCGGAGAUUAUCAAGGAGAUGACCAAGAAUAAUGAACAUCCAAUCAUCUUUGCACUUUCAAAUCCUACUGUGAAAUCUGAAUGCACAGCUAAAGAGGCUUAUGAGCAUUCCGAUGGCAAAGCUCUAUUCGCAUCCGGUUCACCAUUUGAUGAUGUCGAAUACAAGGGUAAAAUCUAUAAACCAGGGCAAGGUAACAACUCCUACAUCUUCCCCGGUGUUGGACUAUCUGCCCUUGUAUGGAACUCAAAGACCAUCCCCGAUGAUGUGUUUCUCAUUGCUGCGAGGACAUGUGCAAAAAUGACGCCAGACAAGCCGCUUUUCGACCAUGGACUUCUCUAUCCCCCAUUGGAAAACGCUCGCGAACUCUCUAUUCAGAUUGCGGUCAAUGUGGGAGAGUAUUUCUAUGAGAAAAAUUUGGCCAUGGUACAACCGAAACCAGAAAAUCUGGAAAUGUAUGUUCGCCACCAAGUGUUCCCAAUCGGUUACCAGGAGAUACUUGCCAAAGCGUAUAGAUAUCCUAUGGAAGAUUGUAAAGGCUAUCCAGUUCCACCAUUGCCCGAAAAGUGAAGAGUUAUUAAUGAAAACAGCAAAUUGACGAAAUUCACAUCGACCGUAGUUAUAAAUGCUGAACAUGCUUUGCUAUAAUUACGGCUUUACAAAGUGAGGCCACACACUUUUUGUGUCUUCACCAUGUUACUGGUCUACUUGUCUAG